AUGGACGUCGAUGUCCAUGUUGACGACGAAGAUGAAGACGCCAUGCGGCGCUUGAUAGGAACUAAAGCUGGUGCCACAUCGAUCACUGAAGUAGAUGCCAAGAGUAUCAAAUGCUCAGAAUGUGGCAAGGUAUUUAAGAACACAGCAUUGGCCAAUUACCAUGUCGAGAAGAGCGGACAUGAUCAGUUUGAGGAGUCCACGGAAGAGGUUUGUACCCCAUGGCAUGUGUACUGUAUUUCUAACCUCAGAUGUCCCUCAGAUAAAACCACUUGUGGAGGAAGAGAAGAGGCAGAGGUUGGCCGACCUAAAAAAAUAGCUGCAAAGCACAGCGUAAAGUCUCAACAAGAAGCAGAGGAAGGAUGUGCGAAUGAAGCUAUUCGCUGCAAGUCUGGCAAGAACAUCAGCAAACUGAAAGAUGAGCUGCAGGCUGAAGAGCUUGUGAAAGAAGAGACGCUUGAGGAUGCCAGAGCCAAGACCCAGAUUGAGGCCGAUAAGAAAGCCCGUGCAGAAAAGGCUGCAAGGGAGAAAGCUUUACAUGACGGCCAACCAGUUAUCGACACAUCAGCCAGUGCGUCAACGACUCCAUCAGUAACAGCGUCCUUGUCCAGCGGCACAAGUAGGAAGGACUUCAAAGACACUCGUCUCCAAAUCCGUAUGGCAAGUGGAGGAACACCUUACAAGACCACUUUGCCAAGUGAUGCAAGUAUGUCUCACACAUACUGCAGUCACUUUACCCUUGUAUAA